CAAAUAGCAAUGCAGUUAACACUGUUUUACUGACCACUGGUGUACAAUCUUCUAACCAUCAUCAUAAUCAUCAUCGCAAUGAUGGUUGAUGUUAGUCGUCGUCACUCAAAGCUGUCUACCACAAAACCGAAAUUGAAUGGAUUGAGGGAGAACGAUAGAAUGAAUUUUUUUCAUGAAAAGUAGCGCCAAAAUAUUCCCUUUUUCAUUGGUUAGUUUAGAGCAAGCAUGCGCUUGGCGUGUGUCCCCUAUUAUCGCCUUGUCCAGCAGUUGCUAUGGUGCUGGUUACCCGUCAAAGACCAUGAGUUCAGGAGACCAUGGCCCUUCAUCUUAUCUUUACUUAACUUUUUCUUGUGUCGAUUUCGUUGAAAAGCUUGUAAGGGAAACAUUAAUCGACUUCCUACACAUUUUGAAUUUCAACAGGUCACUAACCAAUGAUAAUUACUUGAAAUUCGAAGUUACCGCCAUUUUGUUGAUUGCAUAGUUGACUCAUUAUCUUAAAGUCGUAACGCAUGACCGAUUCUGCCAUAUGAAAACAUCCUUUCUCUGAUUGGUCAGCGCUGGUUGACGUUACCAUGACGACCCUUUUAAUGCCUUGUGGUGUCGGCCAUUGUGAUAAUAGGAUAGCCAUGGCAUGUAUACUGCGAAGAUAAUUCCAACAAAAAGCUACUUUCAAAAACUGUGCUCCGUUUUUGCUAGUAAAACACAAAAAUUUGCCAGAUAGUGCCCGUGGUCAUGAUGAAGAUGGAGAUGUCAGUCCACGAGAAAUCGAAUGAAACAACCCCUGACCAAAGUCCUUGUUCUAGAAACAGUUUAGAUCGCUUCAAUUUGAGUCGUUCCGCUGGUUGUCACAAAUUACACACGGCUUUAAACAGGGUAAAAGUCAACCUAAGUAGUAGCUGCUUUGCUACGCUGAGCGCAGAGAAAGGCCCCGCCGAAGGAGAUGACUUAACAAACUUAAGUUGGCUUCAAGACAACAACUUACUCAAAAGCCUAACAUCGACGCCAAAAUCUAAGACAAGCGCGAGUUCAGAUGACAAAGCAAAUCAUAGAAUCACGUUAAAAGACUAUGAAAUGCUUAUUGAAGAAGAGAACGGGUUAUCUGUGAAGAAGUUAACCAAAGACAGUGGUUACGGUAAACCGCCAUAUUCUUUUUCGAUGCUCAUUUUCAUGGCAAUUGAGAGUGCGCCCAACAAGCGGCUACCAGUAAAGGACAUUUAUGCUUGGAUUAUGGACAAUUUUCGAUAUUUCAGAAACGCACCUCUUGGCUGGAAAAACUCUGUUCGGCACAACUUGUCUCUUAACAAAUGCUUCAAGAAGGUAGAUCGAGACAAGAGCCAGGGCGUUGGCAAAGGUUCGUUGUGGUGCAUAGACCCAGAGUCAAGACCAUCACUUCUUCAAGGCAUGAGGAAAAAUCAAGUACUUAUGGCAAAGAUUGAUCCAAAUGCACCCUCGUCUUUUUUGACCACUCCACCACCAUCCCCGGGAAAUAAUGAUGGAUACGGUAGCUUUGGGCAAGAUUCAUUUUAUGGCAGAGGCACGUCUCCUGAUUUUGACGAUAAAGAAUUCGAUGCAGCAGCAGCCAUGUGCACAAUGAGCACUCCACGCGAGCUCCGUGCAAUCGAACACGAGAGACUCAGAAGCCAAACAAGCACUCCGACUGAAAAUAUACAUUCGAACCCGGCCUUAUUGAACAGAUGGAGAAAAUACAUAGAGCCGUUAUCGGACAGUGAUAGUAGCACAGGAUCUCAAGAAGAAACUCCCGUUCGACGACACAAGAUAAGGUCUGCUGGAGAAUCGGGGUCAACUUACACAAUAGCCAAUUUAUUGACGGAUGUAAGUCUGCACUCCUCACAGAAGCUGAAAAGGAGUGCAAAUGGACUUAGUGUUGACCAAACUUUUGAAACAGAAACAGACAUUGAUGACCACUAUGAUUUUGGUAAUGAUUCAGAUUAUGAUUAUGAUGAUGAUGUUAGUGACGAAGAGAUUGAUAAUAAUAUGAAGAAACUGGUGGAAAGAGACACGUUGGGUGAUAGUGGAUACGUUGAAGGAAGGCAGGCUGUUAUGUCUGAUCAUUCGUAUUCGAGGACGCCAAAGAGAGCGAAACAAGCCCGCAGCGACGGUAAGCUGGGUGUCUCAAUGGAAGUACAGGCCCUCUUGAGUUUAGCAAAUGAGGCUACAAGACAGCUAGAGGUAAUACAUGGACAGAAAAGUGAAUAGAAUGUAGCAUCAGAAUAAAAGGUGUGUUUAGAUCGUUUUGUACCGUGAGCUGCAUUACUGGGUAUGGAGAUAGAAAUGGUUCCUGUCCACCGUUUAGAAAAACGUUACGUAUCCUAUUUCAAAAGAGGACUUUUUACAUUACUUCCAAAUAUUGAGAGAUAUUUCUAAUCAGUAUUCAGCGACUUUUCAAUUUAGAUUCAAAUUUCCCAAUAUUUUUCGUUCUGAUACCGGUAAGCUUCUGUGAAACCGUGGGAUGGCAGCACUAAUUAUCUCCUUCCUCAGCAAUGCAGUGAAUGCAACCAGCUUUGGAUUUGAUACUGCGCGCGUGUCACUUAUAGACUUUUGAGUUCUUUUAUACAUUCACGUUAACUCUUUCUCAGUGCUUCCCUGAAAAAUGCCUCUAGAUCGAUUUAUGACGUCACGCUUAACAGGGAGCCGAGGCUUAGCAAUACAGCAAUCAAUAUCACACAGCUGUUAAACUGUCUGUUAAAUCCCUGUUAAAAAACGACUGUAUGCAAAAUGUUAAAUGAGUUACUGAUAUUCCCACUGAAUUUUCAGUAGAUCUCCCACUGAAUACCAGCUCAUUUUAUUCCGUGUAUUUUCCGUGGAACCUUUUUAGCUCUCAUAGUUUCCCAGUCCGUAGAUCGUCUUAUGUUAUGUUUUUUAACAAUCUUAUAUUUUUAAAGUUUUUAUAUGGCAAAACUAUGUAACACAUAACAUUUACGCUAUAUCAGCUGAAAACCCCUUUUAUUGAAAUAUCUUUGGAUUAGCAUGGUUUAGGUAAAACGAACUUGAAAAAAAAUGCAGGAAUAUUCUAAACCCAUGUUUGGAAAAGAAUUUCGAAACCUAUAGGGCUAUCUUCUAAAAAAUGGAUCAACCUUUAUUACACAUGAGAUUUCUUUUCUUGUUUUUGUUUUCAUGCCUCGUUUGGACUUUAAUGCCACCGAAAGGUCUACUCAAAGCUAAAUAUUAUGAAGCUCAUGUGUGCUCUUGAUGUUUGUGUACCUCCAAACCACAUUUUAUCUCAAACUCAAGACUAUAAAUUGUCAUGUGUCUUUCAAGGCUCUACUUCUGUUUCUAGCUCGUUGAUAUUUGUUGACUGGUCUUUGAUUUUAAUAAUCUUACGUUUUUACGUGUGAACUAUCGUUAUGUUUUUAUUAGCCUCCAAUGGUAGGUGAACAAUUUUCCGAUGUUCUACACCUGACGGUUGCCCAAAGACCUAGGUUCAGUCUCUCGAUACUGUCCCUAGUUUUUUGAAAAAACUAAUUAUGCAUCCCAGAGCGUUUUUCGCAAACUGAUUUUACAGUUUCAUCUUUUUCCUUAUCAAAGGCUUUCAUAUUUUUGAGAUUUUUAGAGGUUCUUAGUAAGACGUUUUAUUUUUUUAAUUCUGAAUCGUUGCUCAAAAACUUUGCAGGGAAAUAGAGGCAUCCUGUUAUUAAACAUGAGUUUUCUUCAAGGGAAAUGCCUGCUUGAACAGAUGUUUUAGGCUUUUCUUGCUCACAUUUUCCUUUAAAUUCUUACAUCCGGUGCAGAAUCCCUCCAGAUUUAUGUAUGUUCAUUCCAAACACCCCAAGUUAGACCAAGUUUAAAGGAGACUUCUUCGUAUCGACAAUGGUCUUUAAAUUUUGCUCUUUUAAAUGUUGCUUUUAUGGGGUCGACAUCACUACAUCUGCUUAAGAUUUUGUUUACCACCAUGUCAUACCCAUUUUUAUAAUAUCAUCUUGUGUUCUAGUUCUACCUCGAUCCUGUGACUUGGUAUCUUUUAUUACAAAAAUCUGAAUAUUCCAAGUGAAUUUUAAACACCAACUUUCCACUAUCAGUAUGGUAGAGACAUAAAUAUUGCCGAGCAAUUGAUUUUUCCUGUCAUACUUAAAUUACGUAUAGUAAACGCCAGCCUCUUCUUAUGAUCCCCUGCUGCACAGAAUUGCAAAGUUUAAUAAAACGAAAUACAUAGAAACCGAAACAAUAUUUUAUUGGCUAUCCAAAGCUUUGAAAAUCAAUAAAAAACCAUGCAACGUUAUUGCACUGCAUGUGCAAUACCUUGCAGAAUCCCUGCAACAACCUUGCAACAACCUUGCAACAAUCAGCGUUUUAUUGGGUGGAGAUUUGUGUUAUUUGAUCCGUUAGUUCUCUAUGGUCUUUCUUUUUUAUCAUGUAUCAACGUGUAUGCUAAUCCUCUUCGUAUUGAAUAAAAGCUAGACAAGAAUUGAAAUAGAAUAAAGAAUUUAUUUAUGUAAAAUCGUAACAUUUAGAGCAUCUUAUUGAAAUGUGUAUAUUUGAAAA